CGAACCCUACCCUAACGCCAUUCCCCACCCCAGCAGCAGCAGCAGCAGACGCCAGUCACCUCGCAAUCUCACGCGGUCACCCGCCGCAUGACCGCGGCUCGAUAGCGCCGCCGCCUCGCCGCCGGGCGUCCUCCUCCCCGGCGCCACCGCGUCGGCCUCCCUCCCCUCCCCUCCCCUCCCCUCCCCUCCCCGAGCGCCCACCGCGUCGACCUCCAACCCCCGGGCCCCCACACCGCGUCCUCUUCGAGAUCCGCAUCCGCCCCCGCCGCCGCCUCUUGUCCUCUUCCCCGGCCGCCGCUGUUCCUCGAUCCUGAUUUGCUGGUGGCCGGCCGCCGGCGGAGCAGCCCGGAAGGUCUACGGCGCGCCGGCGAUGUCGCCCAGCACCCUCGCUGCGUCGACCAGUAUGAAAUGGAGCAGCUGAAUCCCCAAGCCUCACUUUAGGUCUGCCGCUGUUACAAUGAGUCCAUCAAGGAGCAGGAGCAACAGCAGGAGCAGAAGCAGAAGCAGAAGCGGGAGCAAGAGCAAGAGCAAGAGCAAGAGCAGGAGUCGCAGCAGGAGCAGGAGCCGAAGCCGAAGCCCUCGGCGAGAAAGGCUGCGUAGUGAGCGUGUAUCACGUCGCAGCCGCAGCCGCAGCCGUAGCCGUAGCCCAAUUCGUAGAAGAGAACAUCGCGGCCACAGGGAUCUUAUAUGCAAGAAUUGCAGGAGGCCUGGUCACUUUGCUAGGGAUUGCCAAUCUACUGCUACAUGCAACAGAUGCAAUCUUCCAGGACACUUCGCAGCAGAAUGCACUUCUGAAACUGUUUGUUGGAACUGCAAGCAGUCUGGCCACAUUGCUACCGAAUGCAAGAAUGACGCCCUGUGUCACACCUGCAGCAAGACAGGUCAUCUGGCACGUGAUUGCCCAAGUUCAGGAUCUAGUAAGCUAUGCAACAAAUGUUUUAAGCCAGGCCACAUUGCUGUUGACUGCACCAACGAGCGGGCUUGCAACAACUGUCGUCAGCCUGGGCACAUAGCUCGGGAGUGCACGAACGAGCCUGUUUGCAACCUGUGCAAUGUCUCUGGGCAUCUUGCUCGGAACUGUCAAAAAACGACCAUUUCUUCAGAGAUACAGGGCGGCCCUUUCCGUGACAUUACCUGCCGCUUGUGUGGCAAGCCAGGGCACAUCAGCCGCAACUGCAUGACAACCAUGAUCUGUGGCACCUGCGGUGGGAGGGGUCAUAUGUCAUAUGAGUGCCCAUCUGCAAGGAUGUUUGAUCGUGGGCUCCGCAGGUUCUGAUGACAGCCAUCCAUACGCACUGCUGGUUCUGAUGCUCGGAAUUUCGCAUUGUUCCAUUGAUUCUGCUUAGAUAGCUUGCUUGACUAUACCGAAACGGUUCUUUUAUACCUUUUGCUCUCUGGGAGUUGAGGAAUGAUUCUGUAGGAUGUAUUUGGGUGAAACUUUUGCUUGUGUUAAUCAGGGUGUUGUAGCCUUUCGUGGGGGAACAAAAUGAUGUAUCUUCCCAAGAGAGACAUCCAGAAAAACUGCUUUGGUAGACCAGGCCAUAUCAAGUAUUGUGCAUGACUGUUUGAGCUAUUUGACUCCUCCAAGCUUGCUCCUCCCCACUGACUGUUGCGUCGAGUUGUCCUCAUUGUUCUGUAUUCUCAUAUUAUCUUCCUGGAAGAAAAGUUGACGAGUGAGAUCAGGAUAA